GUCUCCUCUGUUCAGCGCAGUGGUUUGUUCCACAGACAGACUGUAACCUCCCCUCCCUGAGUCAGGUUUAUCUCAACUCCCAGGAAAUACAGCAGCGAAGACUGAAGUGUGAAAGCUGCCGAUCAAGAAACUGUGCCUCCGGAGUGGACGCUACUAAACGAUAGGGAGCCAUAGCUGAGAAGAACCAUCAAGUUGUCUGGAGUUUUCUCUCUCAAUCCUCUUCCAAUGGUUCAUUGGUUGAGGCCAUGGCCUCUCAGUCAGGCAACAUGAACCGUGAAGACCGGAAUAUGCUCCGUAUGAAAGAAAGGGAAAGGAGAAAUCAAGAAAUCCAGCAGGGAGGAGAGGCCUUUCCAGCUAACUCUCCCCUCUUUCCUGAACCUUAUAAAUCCUGCAAGGAAGAUAAACUCUCAAGUCGCAUCCAGAGCAUGCUGGGAAAUUACGACGAGAUGAAGGAGACCAUCGGUGAACCCCCAAUGUCCAAGCUCAUUCCCAAAGCCUCCAGCUCCUCCUCGGACGAUAAAUCCAGCCAGUACGGUGACCAGCGCGGAGGCACCCAGAGUCAGAACAGUAAAUGGACUCCUGUCGGCGGCAUCUCUUCCUCGUCCUGCUCGUCCUCCUCAACUUCUGCCCCCUCGCAGAAGCGCUCGUCCGUGCAGGGCAGCCACGGCAGCAGUCAACGUAGCGGCUCCAGCAGCGGCGGUCAACGGCACGAGCGAGACUACAGCAGCAGCAAGAAGUCGAGCAAGCACGGCUCCGAGCACAAAUCCCACUCCAGCCCAGCCAAGGGCUCCAUGAGCUCUGGCGGACACUCGCGCGGCCGCAACAAGUCGCCCAGGGACAGAGAAGCCAACUGGGACUCGCCCUCAAGAGUUCAUUCCUUCUCCAGUGGACAGCACCCCAGCCAGAGCUUCCCGCCCUCGCUCAUCAAACCCAGCUCCAUGAUCCAAAAACCCACCGCUUAUGUGCGACCCAUGGACGACCGGGAAACGGCCGAGCCCAAGACCUCCUCGGAGUCGUACGGCGGUCAAUCACACAGCAGUGCGGUGGGAGAAAUGAAGCCCAGUGGCAAGGCUUCCCUCACCAAGCUCAAGAUCCCAACGCAGCCAGUCGCUGGUCCAGUGGGAGAUGCGAGCUGUGUUGAUGAAAUUUUAAAGGAAAUGACUCAGGUCUGGCCUCCUCCGCUAACAGCCAUUCACACGCCCUGCAAGACAGAACCAUCAAAAUUUCCCUUCUCCACCUCCAAGGAUGCCCAGCACCUGUCUUUUGGGGCACAAAAAAAACUCUCAGGAAAGAGUGCGUCCACCAGUCACCCGUCUAAGCCGAGCGACAGCGACCAGAACACGCUGCAUGAAGAUCUGAAGCUCAGCAGCAGCGAAGACAGUGACGGAGAGCAAGACCCUGCUAAAAACCCCUCCCGAAACACCUCAACAAGUAACAACAGUAAUAACAGCGAGGCUCCUGAUCGAGACGACACCAGCAGUCACAGCGGUUCGGAGAGUAGCUCCGGCUCAGACAGCGAGAGCGAGAGCAGCUCUACAGACAGUGAGAACAACGAGCCACCUCGUCCUGCGUCACCCGAGCGGGAACAGCCCACGGCUAACAAAUGGCAGCUGGACAACUGGUUCAAGAAAGUCAACAAGUUGUCCCCAGCUUCUCCGGUGGAGAACAGCAGCACGACGCCAACAAAGUAUAAGAAAGAGGGGCGAGAAACCGGCUCCAGCAGGAUCUACAGUGGCCCGGGUUCAAAAGACGUGACGCCCUCUGGCGGGCGAGACCUUCGGCCAAACCAGAAGGGGCAAGACAGGCGAAGUCAGAAGUCUCCUGCUCAGAGUGAGGGGGGAAGUCAGGGCGGGCGGCGAGUGGUGGUGGGCAAGAAGCAGCCUAAAAAGCCAGAGAAGCCGCCAGUGGUUGAGGAGCCGAAGGGUGGGCUCAAGGUGGAGACCGAACCCUCGCCCGAGAUCCCGCCACACAGAGUCCGCGCGCCCAACAAAGGCCCCCGCAAACCCAACAUCAAGAAGGAGCCCAAAACCUCCUCUCCUCGACCGGCACAAGACAAACGCAAGAAAACGGCCAGCAAGUCCCGCGAGUUCAUAGAAUCCGACUCGUCAUCGUCGGACUCGGAGGGAAACGAAAGCGUCCCCUCGUCUUCGCAGACGCCGAGAGAGCAGUAUGCCGAGAACCCGUCUGUCCUGUUCUCGCCCAUGCUUUCCCCGCUGAGUGACCAAGAAGGGAGGCUGCUGUCCAGACUGGUGGUGCAGAUCGACCUCGGUCUGCUGUCCAGAGUGCCUGGUCGAGUCUACAAGGAAACGGAGGUGAAAGCGGAGAGGAGCUCCCCUCCCGAGGGGAAAGACUUCCAGAAACAGCCGGGAGAAAAGGCAGCCAGCAAGGGGAAGAGAAAGCACAAGGUUGGUGGAAGCUGUUUUGUGGGGAUUUUAUUUUGGGGUAUAUUUAAAGACACUGCUUCAGCACUUCUUUUCACCCUCUGCCAGAAACGCUCUGUUGUAGAUCCUAUCUUGUUAAACGCCCACCUUCCGAUCACCCAGUCUGUUGUGAUUGGUCAGCCCUGUUUGGUAAUCAUGUUAAAUGUUUUCUGUAGCUCAUCUAAGCGUGCUCAGGACAAAGAGAAGGAGUCUGCGCCCUCUCCUUCCAUCACGCUGCAGCGGACGCCCAAAUCAGAGCACCAGGGCCGCAAGCGGACGCUCAGCCAGUCCUCCGCCUCUGUACCCAGCAGCAAGAGCAGCUCCAACUCCAAACACCGCAAAGGCGACGACAAGCCCUUACGCAGGGAUGCCAAGGAGAAAAGCUCUAAAACAGAGAAUCCUAUUGCAGUGCCGCCUCUCUCUGAUGGCUCUAAAUCUAGAUCCAAACUCCUGUUUGAAGACAGGGUUCAUUCAGCUGAUCAUUACCUUCAAGAAGCCAAGAAACUGAAACACAACGCAGAUGCUCUGUUCUACAUUGAGAGCGACACAACAGGUGCUCUCCUCACACGAAGCACAUGGAUGGACCGGUUUGAGAAAGCCGUGUACUACCUGGAUGCUGUGGUGUCUUUCAUCGAGUGUGGAAACGCCCUGGAGAAAAGUGCCCAGGAGGCCAAAUCGCCCUUCCCCAUGUACGCAGAAACCGUGGAACUCAUCAAGUACACUAUGAAGCUGAAGAGCUACCUGGCGCCGGAUGCAACCUCUGCAGACAAAAGGCUAGCGGUGCUGUGCCUGAGGUGCCAAGCGCUCCUGUAUUUGAGGCUCUUCAAGCUACGCAAAGAAAGUGCACUGAAAUACUCUAAAACGCUCACUGAACACUUGAAGAAUUCGUUGAGUAAUACCCAAGCUCCGUCUCCUGGAGUAGCAAAUAAAACGGCGGGAAUGCCGUCUCCGGUCUCUCCUAAACUGUCUCCUGGCAGUGCGGGCAGCUACUCCUCCAGCAGCUCCAGCCAGAGCACCAGCUCCUCCGUCACCAUCCCCCAGCGCAUCCACCAGAUGGCAGCCAGCUACGUCCAGGUCACCUCCAACUUCCUCUACGCCAUCGAGGUGUGGGAGCAGGCCGAACAGCUCGCCAAAGAGCAGAGAGAGUUCUUCUCUGAACUGGACAAGGUUAUGAGCCCGCUCAUCUUCAACACCAGCAGCAUGACUGAGCUGGUGCGAUUCACGCGGCAGGGCCUGCACUGGCUACGACUGGACGCCAAGCUCAUACAGUAGAGCGGCCCUAUCCGCGCUCUAUCCGUAGCCCAAAACACUCACACUCGAUCUGCCUCGGACAUCUCUGUGACACUGUGUUCAUUUCUACACCAGCUUGCCAAAAAUGGAAGCACUCAGCGUCCCGCCCCUCCACCGCAAACCCUAUGAAUAUUCAUGAGAGGGGCGGCAGCCAAACCACACAUCUGUCAGAGCGCUCAUACACUGCAUCGUCCUGCUCAUAUCAUCGGCUUGUUUAGCUAAAAAAAAGCCUGGUUUCUUACUUUGACUGUCUUUUUUGUUAAUUCUCUUCUAGCUGUAAGCAAACAAGAAUAAUAAUUGGAUGUUUAUAGCUUUUUAUUUCAACCAAAGUACCUCCCUUUAACCAAAGGUGCUUUAAAAUUGAGGUUUUCUCCUUUUAUCAUUUUAUCGUGCCUUGUAUUUGAUAUACAGGAAACUAACUAUCUUGAAAUACCCAUCUAGAAAGGUUUGGAGCUGAAAGAACAGCAUGCAGCGCUUGUAUACCAGACCAAAAGACUGUUCGGCACCAUAUCAAGGCAUUAGUACUAAUCUGUUAUUUAGGUUUUUGGCCUGGCUCAUCCACAGACGCCACAUCAGAGUAAGUCAUGUUUAGAGCCUGUCUUAUUUGUAUACGUCACUACCACGAACACCGAGGCCAAGAUUUUUAUACGAAAUGUAGCGCUCGCAUAGGUGUCACUUUCUCACUCUUGAUUUUCUGGUAUUAAACGCAGGAGUAUUUUAUUACCGUGGCUCAGCCUAAUAAAGAUUUUAUUUAGAUAAGUUCCAAGUUGCGUUUUCACUCUUGGGCAUGGAAACAGGGUUGCAAUAUGAGAUGAGAGACGUAUUUCUAUUGUAUAUGAAAAUAUGAUAUUUAAAUAUUUAAUGUGAGUCUUGAGGUUGCCGUUAUAGUGUCAUAGUCACCUGUGUGUCGCAGUUCUUUUAAAAGACAGCAGUCAUGUGAGGAUAUAUUUAUGUGUUCUGUUGAGAAUAGCAGUUUAUGUAUGUACAUAGUCAUUUUAGCACAGCAAUCCAUACACUCAGUAAAUCAGAUCGAACCUUUGAGAUGUUUCGCACCAGAAAGAGGAAGGUGGUAAAGUGAGAAGUCAAUCCACCGUAUAUGAAACGCUGGAAACUUAGCAUCUCUUGCACUAGGAUCUUUCCUCUAAUUGGCUCCUAAACUUUUUUUUUUUUUUUUCUGUCUAUGCAGAUGUUUUUCUUGCUCGUUUGUUCAGUAGCUAACGAGGACUCCUGCCAAUUGAAAUUUUCAUCAGUUAAAACCUGAUGGCUUUAAUGGCUGGCGACUAGAUAUAUCACUGAUGUGCUACCUUGCAGAAUACAUCAUUUUGAUUUAGAGAGUCAGUAAAUACAUUGUGCUUUAGGGGUGAGGUCUGAUAAUUGUGCUUUUAUGUAAAUGAAUCCAUGCACUAAUGUGAUUUAUGUACCAGAUUCAUGAUAAGAAAGCAACUGCAUAUGAAUAUGGGUUGUUAAAAUGAUUUUCCCAUGGCCUUUUUGCUUCUCCAGACAUGAAGUUGUUGUGCUGUGUCUGUUUUCAUCUUUUCUACUAGAAUUCAAGAUAGUGCUUUUAGAGGUGACUGAUUGAUUUAAAUCCAUCUUUAAUUUUCUUUGUGAUCAUAAUAACUGUACCCAGGGUGAGAGGUUUUUUUUUGUCCAGUUGAAAAAUAACACUCGCAUGUUUCUAUUUAAAUACUAAGCUGUACAGAUGUACAUAAAAAUUCUCUUUUAGGGUAAAUUUUUACAAUGAUUUAACAUUUGUAUUAAUUGUAAAUAGAAUGUGAAUAUAUUAAAUGCACAUUUUCAUUACUGAAGAUUUGUUUUGUUUUUCAACAGAACACUGUAUGUUAGUGACGUCAUGUUCAGAUUCCCUGUGCUAUAUGAACAAGGCUUUCUGUCAUUUAAAUGGUGAUGUUGAAAUGGGCUAAAUGCAGUUGACUAGAAGAAAGAUCUGCCAUUAUUGACAUAGGACUGCUGUCUAAACUUGAAGAGAGGAACUUCAUCGUUUUGAGCGGUUCUAGAUGUCUAUGUAGUACUCAUUUUCGAGUGAUCUCAAAACAAUCAUUGGCAAGCAGUAUAAAAUCAAUUUAGUUUUAAAAGUAUUGACGAUGAAAUCUACAUA